AGAUUUAUCAUGUGCUUAACUUGGAAAUGAAUGCUCUGGAGGUUAGGGACAACAUUGUGGAGCAUCUGAGGACACACCCAAAUACAAUCGAUGGAACACCACUGGAUCAGUUUGUCUGCACACAGCAGUCAUGGGAAGAUUACCUUUCAACCAUGGAGGCCCCUGGCACCUGGGGUGAUCACCUAGUUCUCCUGGGUGCUGCAGAGUUCCUCCAAGCUGACACUGAGGUAAUCACAACAGCAUCAGAAACACACCCAGUCACGAUCAAGGCAGUGAAUAGACAAGAUAAAACCAAGGAGCUAUUCCUGGGACAUAUCUCUGAGUUCCAUUAUGUGAGCCUGAAUGAACUAGGACAAAUUUGCAGGGAUUGUCACUUGGAGUUGUCGGUGUGCCAAUGCGUGGACAACAUUAAUGGUGAGACUCUGUUAAUGGUACUUUGUAUUAAUGUCCCUCUUCAACCCUUACAGUGCAAGAGAACUGUUGUAGUGACAGUACAUAGAGAUACCUGUAUGUGGUAUAAUGUGUUAAAUCACUGAACACAG